AAAGCCUGCUGGGGGCGGGUUGCCGCGGCCAAGAUGUCGCUGAUCAAGAAAAGAAAGCUGGAGUCGGGGGGUGGCGGCGCAGGAGGGGAGGGAGCCGGGGAGGAAGAUGGCGGGGAGCAGGAGGCAGCCCCGCCACGACCCCGGAGGACUAAGCGCGAGCGAGACCAGCUGUACUACGAGUGCUACUCCGACGUAUCGGUCCACGAGGAGAUGAUCGCCGACCGCGUCCGCACCGACGCCUACCGCCUGGGCAUCCUGCGGAACUGGGCCGCGCUGCGAGGCAAGACCGUGCUGGACGUGGGCGCGGGUACCGGCAUUCUGAGCAUCUUCUGCGCCCAGGCCGGUGCCCGGCGCGUGUACGCGGUGGAGGCCAGCGCCAUCUGGCAACAGGCCCGGGAGGUCGUGCGGCUCAACGGGUUGGAGGACCGCGUGCACGUCCUGCCGGGCCCGGUGGAGACGGUGGAGCUGCCGGAGCAGGUGGACGCCAUCGUGAGCGAAUGGAUGGGCUACGGACUUCUGCACGAGUCCAUGCUGAGCUCCGUGCUGCACGCGCGGACCAAAUGGCUGAAGGAGGGCGGUCUCCUCCUGCCAGCUUCCGCGGAGCUUUUCGUGGCCCCGAUUAGCGACCAGAUGCUGGAAUGGCGCCUGGGUUUCUGGAGCCAGGUGAAACAGCACUACGGCGUGGACAUGAGCUGCCUGGAAAGCUUCGCCACGCGCUGCCUCAUGGGCCACUCGGAGAUCGUGGUGCAGGGUCUGUCCGGCGAGGACGUGCUGGCCCGGCCGCAGCGUUUUGCCCAGCUCGAGCUGGCCCGCGCCGGCCUGGAGCAAGAGCUGGAGGCCGGUGUAGGCGGGCGCUUCCGCUGCAGCUGCUAUGGCUCCGCGCCUCUGCAUGGUUUUGCCAUCUGGUUUCAGGUGACCUUCCCUGGAGGGGACUCGGAGAAACCCCUGGUGCUGUCCACCUCGCCCUUUCACCCGGCCACUCACUGGAAGCAGGCGCUCCUCUACCUGAAUGAGCCGGUGCCGGUGGAACAAGAUACGGACAUUUCAGGGGAGAUCACUCUGCUGCCCUCCCGGGACAACCCCCGACGCCUGCGCGUGCUUCUGCGCUACAAAGUGGGGGACCAGGAGGAAAAGACCAAAGACUUUGCCAUGGAGGACUGAGCAUUGCCUUUUCGCCCAUCCACCUUCUUCGGAAAAGAAAAGGAGAUCUGUGCAAGUCGGAGACAUAUUUGUCUCCUCUUCCUCACCGUUUCUGGGAAAGGGAGAGUGACUUCAGUCUUCAUUUGAGGACAUUCUUCUGGCAGUGUUUAUUUAAAAAGUACUGUUCACAGUAUCAGCAUGGCUGUACAAAAGGAGCAAUAUAUGCCACUGAGUACCAAAGAAUCCAGAGGAGCGCCACGGCCUUUGGGAUGAACACACUUGGGAGGGAUGAAAGCCUGAGGUGUGUGGACACCCAGGCACUGUUGAUGCAAUAUGUAGACUAGGACUGGUAAUGUGGAGCCCUUAGGCUCCAGGUCUGGAUUACCAGACCCAAGACAGCACCGUGGUAAAGUUCAACUACCUCCUGCACAGCUUAUAUUUAUUUGCCCCUGUAGAAUCUUCCAUUUGUUUCCAUUAGUUUAUUGAGCCGAUGAAUGUAGUUGCUAAAAAUACAAUCUAAAACUCAUUGUGACGGGUAUGUGGGAUUACACACUACAAGAGUGUGAACUCUGCCCUCUAAUCCAUCACUACCACUACAGAAACCAAAAGCCAUGAUAGGGUGGGGUGGUUUUAGUAUCAGGAAGGAUAAAUUGUUUAUUUUACACAUUAAGUAAAAAGUUUCUCUAAGUUCCAUAGA